AUGUCGCUGGAAAAGAGCGACGCUGGCCCAGAGCGAUCAAUAGAGGCCGUAAACUUCCCUGACGUUGACGGUACCAUCAAAACCGACAGCCCUGGCGAGGAUCGUGGCAUGCAGCCUAGCGCGUCUUCCGGUCAAACCACGUGUUCCGUCUGCCGAAGCACGUUUAGAAGGCCGGAGCACCUGAAGCGUCAUUUCCGCAGCCACACCAAAGAGAAACCAUUCGAAUGCACCCAGUGUGGUCGUCAUUUCUCCAGGACAAUUACCGUCAAGACGUUCCGGGCAUGUUUCAAAUGCGCCGUCGCACGCGUGCGAUGCAGUGGAGGAUUCCCAUGCGCUCGAUGCGAAAAUCGAUCGCUGGAAUGCCAAUACCCCACAGAGCGUCGCUCCAAAGCAAAGGGGCGGAAGGAUGCAUCUCAGGUCUUACUGUCGUCAAAAAAUGGCGCACCCAAUGACCAGCCCUCUCGGCAGAAUCUCUCUCAGCAGACUCUGUCUCCCUUAGCCCCGGAUAGCGACGGGGCUGCCCAACCGCCAUCUCAAACUCCAGCUUAUGAAAUCGGCCAAUUCCAAGUUCAAUUGCCCAGUUCGAAUGGUCCUAACCCAUCUGUCCAUCGCGCAUCUGGGCCUGGUUCUCAUGCAUACUCUGAAACGCUGGAAAAUGGACACCAGGGAAUGCGUCGCGAUACCAAUCCCGACGCUCCUUCCGAGACCACCACGCCACCAUUUCAUCCAUACGGCGGAGCAAACGUCCUUCAACCAUACCCUCGCGUAUCCACUUCAAAUAUGCGCGGAACACUCGCCGCGGAGCGGGACUCCGAACUAAACUUCCAACUACGAAGGCCGUUAGAACCAGCAAAUACGGAGCCAGAGAUCGACCCCGCCGAGACAAGCAUGCAACAAUCCCAGCUAGCGUUCACUCAGCCUUUCCUCGACCACUCCACACUCUCUACAAUUAAUUGGCUUCCUAAUGACUUUUUACUUGGCUCAGUAAAUGACACCUCUACCUCCCCUGGCUUUUCGUCGCACACUUUCCGAGCAGGGCCUUCCUCAAGCUCUCUAGGUCCGGGAUCUCUGUUCAGCCCUACCUUCAACCACUCCCUGAGUGAAGAUAUAGCUCAGAUUCAACGUGGAUAUACCAACAGGCCAGGGACAACUGGCGUGUCUUCUCGCAGCACUGAUCAACCACUACCAUCCCGACUGGAGUCCAAUUUGAACAACAAGCGCUCUGCAGAUAAUGUACACAACUCUGGAGCGCAGAUCUCAAAAUAUCAACGAAAACCAGGGCCAUCUGGAAGCCGCCAUAGAGGGUCUACGAGCCCACUUCCUCACAUACAGAAAGACGAUGCAGAACCGCAGUUCUUGUUUCCUAUGAUCGAAGAGCCGACUGUAGAUGCGCAAUUCGAAAACGGAACAGCAUCCUCAUUCAAGAUAGAACCUCAGACAUACGAUCAUAUCUACCAGUGGUUUCGCCGUUUAUGUUGUGCCGACGAUUCUCUUUACCGCAAAUUCGAAUCAGCGACCUUCCCAACCGCACGGAAUCUGUCGACCUUUGUGACUAUGUUUUUCAGCUCUUUUCAGCCGAUUUAUCCUAUCUUCCACCGUCCAACGUUCAACCCCAAUGCAUGCCAUUGGCUGGUGACCGUGGCAGUAUCAGCAAUAGGCUGUCAGUAUGCUGGGCUGAAUGAGCAACAUAAAUAUGCGCAGGCAUUUCAUGAGUUUCUUCGACGGGCCAUUAAUGUCGAGAAAGAAAAACAUCGAUUUGACCGAAGCCCACUGUGGCUUCUCCAGGCAACAAUCCUUAAUUGCCUUGGGCUGUUUCAUGGACGCAGCGAGCGAUGUGGAGCUUCUGCUUUCAGCAGCUUUGGGGACCUGGUGAACCAUACCAUGAGAGAAGGCCUACUGGGCCCAUCUGGCCUUGCCGGCCUACGCCCCGAGACAUUAGAUCAACAGUGGGCCCUAUGGAUUGAAGACGAAGUCAGGCGACGAUUAGGGUAUCUUAUAUGGCUUCUGGACUGUACACUAGCAUAUCAUUUCGAUAGCCGCCCUUUACUCUGCCUCGAUGAUGGCCAGGCGCCCCUCCCCUCCCAUGAGAGACUUUGGCAAGCAAACUCCGCUCUGACGUGGAAGAGGCUGCUCGAUGAUAUUCCAGUGACCACAGCGAAGGAAACCCCAUCGCUCUAUGAUGCGACUCUUAUGAUGUAUAUUGAAAAGAACCUCGUGCCCUGGGCGGGCGAAUUCAGCCAGGUCUUAAUCAUCCAUGCCCUCUACCACCGAAUGUGGGAGGUGGGUGACUACUUUCGUCGUCCGUUGUCAUUUUGGAACCCGACUGCGAAAAAGCAAUCUCGCGAAUCUGCGAUUCCAUCGGGGUCUGUCUGGCUACCGGGGAUUCCCUCAUAUUCGAAAUGGCGUAAUAGUGCUUGCGACUGUUUGGAUAUUCUCCACUGGUCAGCAAAUAGCGCCAUUACUGAAGCUGCUGGACUGGAGCAUCCCCCGGUGCUGCAUCUGCACGAAGCGCGGCUAAUCUUACUGACUCCCUUUCGGGAGAUUCGCACAUUGGCUACGGCGCUGGCGACCGAUAGGGUCCACUGGGUUGACCGCCAAGAGACCCUUGAGUGGCAAUACGUUCUGCGUUGGAUGAAGCAUGAUCAGUACAAAGCACGUUUGGCGGUCAUACACUCGGGAAACACCUUAUGGCAUGUGCGACGAUACUUGGCCAACACAUUCCACGAGCCUGUAGCUGUCUUUCUCGCCACCCUCACGCUCUGGAUUUACGGCCUGUGUCAUGCCGAAGUAUUCCCCGACCAGAGCGCUGCUGGACAGGAGCCGAACACAACAGUGACCAUCCAGCUGGACACCCCUUGCGAUGACCAGUUGGUCCAGAUGUUUGUCCGUAAAGGACACCGCAUGAUUGGGAAAGUGACGGGCGUGGGGGACGUUUGUGGUCCAUACGGGCCAGAAAUGAUCCUUAAAAUGGGCUGCGAGACCCUUGCCAAACUCAGCUCCUGGGGGAUCUCGCGAAGACUGGCGGCUAUUCUCACGCAGCUCGUCGAGGUCACAGCCGAGACUGCGAAUGGUCUCCCUGCUAUGUAG